AUGCCCGCGGACGCGGUUCAAUCCCUGCGGGAUGCUGUGCAGUGGCACCAGCCGGUCAGGGGUCGAAGCGGCGCGACGGCCCUGGUGCAGGCAUUGCGCCAGGCCGCCCCCGCAGACGUUCUGGAACUCAUGCUCGAGUCGCCCAGCGCCGCCCUGGCUGCCAAGGCAAGAGUUCGACAUCAAGCGGCUGCUGAUGUCGCACAGGGCCUGGGGCUCUCCCAAGCGCUGGUGCAGCGGCUGCAAGUGCUGGAGAGGUCCAUCCCCGAUGCGCCCGGGAAGCUCCGCUGCCCGACCUGCGGGGACGAGCUUGCAAAGCGCAGCGCGCUGCUGGCGCUCGGUGAGCGUGUCAAGAAGGGUGAUGAGCCAAACCCCCUGGUGCGGAGCUUCUUUGAGCAGCCGGCGGCUGCGGCACUCCAGCAGACUGCCCUGCAUCGAGCAGCGAACUGCCACAACUUCCGCCAGGAGGUCUCCGAGUCGAUGGCAAUCUUAGAGUCGCUGAGAAAGCUGCGGCCAUGGGAGGACGAGGCGCUGCACUUUGUGGACCUCUGCUGCGGGAGCGCCAUGACUGCGACCUUCUUGGCACUUUCGGCACCCAAGAGCACGGUAACUGCCGUGGACAUCCGCCCUCGGCAGCAGCUUCCCCAUUUCCGCGAGGCCGGAAUCGCCAAUGUGAGCUAUCUCUGUGAGGACAUGACUCGACCAGGCUUCCUGGAAGUUAUGGAAAAAGCGCUGCUGGAUGUGGCACUGCCAGUCGUCGUCCUGGGAAUGCACUGCUGCGGGGCCUUGAGCGUCGUGGCAACACAGAUCUACAAUCGCUUCCCUCAGUGCGUGGCCAUCCUCCUUUGCCCCUGCUGCCUGCUGCGCGGCAUCGACCUGAAGCGUGCCGAGACGUUGAUGCCGGAGGUGCCGAAGAGCCUCCUGACCGUGGCGGGUGCAGGCCCAGAUGAGCGCUACGAACGCUGGGCUUCUGGCCUGGCGCAGCUGCUUCCGGAGGCUGUGUUAGAGUAUGAUCUUCGUGUAUUCGUAUACUCGUAG